AUGUCGUCAGCUCCGCAUAGUCAACGGCCGAGAGAUGGUAGUCCACCUUCUCGCGCUUCACCUCCUAGAUACUACACCAGACACCCCAACAUCCAGCCUGUCCGCGACUCAACCAUUCCACCACUCUCACAAAAGAACUCAAACUCCUCCGAGUCCAUCUACAGCGAUGAAAGAUCUAUUUUUAAUGCCAUCAGAGUCUCCACACCCAAUGAAGGCCCCUGUCCAUACGAAAGUCUCUCCGCCAUGGGCUCUUUCAUGGAAAGAGGGUUGGGAGCUAAUAUGGCCAUGUUCAUUCCACCAGGUUACUCUCAAGAUGAACAGUCUUCAACUAAGAAUCGACGUCUAUCCAAACCACGACCGCGAGUGGACCGAGCAGCGUGGCCGAUCCAGCCUCUCUCCGAUCAGGGCUAUCACACGUCCCAAGUGGGCCCAAGCCCUUUGAACGAAACAAAUUAUGUACCAGAGUCUCCUGGAAACCAGUACCGCAAAGCCAUUUCCCUCGAUGCAGUAGACGGUGAUGGUCUUGCUAGCCCCCGGAAACAUCCUUGUUGGCCUGGAUCAAGCAUACCGGCAGCUGUGAGACCUGGCCAACCACCAUACCCUCCACCGGAAAGAUCCCCCACGCCUCCUGGUCUUCCCUCUUUCAACACCCCAGAGGCUGUGUACUGCUCUUCUCAGUUCCUCAUCGGACACAAUGGACCACGGCUGCCAUCCAACCAUCCACGCGGAGUACCAGCCCUGGGCCAGCGCUCUACCUCAUAUGGCGAUGCGCUCCGAAGAUUCCUGGGCCUGCAACCUCAAGCUGAAAGUGAUUCCGCGAUAUCUGGUGUUGUUGGGAUUGGGCGGGCACCAGAUGGAACUGCUGUUCAGGGCCGGUUUCCACAUCGACAGAGUGGUCACGGCACCAACCUUGCAAGACAAAUAGAGGAUCACCCAUUCCACCAGAACACACUUCCUGUGGCCUCAGCCUCUCACAAUGAGCGUGAUCUAAUCCGAGCUAGAAUUGAACCCGAAAGCACCGUGUCCAAAGAUCGUGGUCCUGUAAGUCGGCCACGAAAGAAAAGGGUCCGCAACAUGCGUUUUGGUAUUUUUGGACGAACACUUAUUCCAGCCUCUGCCCCUAACCCCGUUCAAAUAGCACAGCAAGAGCCUUCUCCUGGCCCAAUAUCUCCCCUGCAACUACCGCAACCCCGAUACAAUCUCAUUGGAGGGUCGAGCGAUCGUCGACCUGAAGACGAAACACCCGGUGCGGAGGCAUAUACAAUCUGGGAUGCUAUAGCUUGGGUACCUAUUCAGCUGUAUCUCUGCUGCUGCUGCGUUCGUGGUUCUUGCGUCGAUGAGAAUGAUGAUCUUGCCAUUGUCAACUCUAGAGACACUUAUGCGACGGCGCAAAGUCGCCUUUCAGCUCAGGAGACGAGGGGUGAGAAUAGACCUCAGCCUUUCCCAUAG